UGACAUUUCAACCGGCCCAUAACCAUUGUCGUCGUCCUCACCUGGGUCUCUCUAUCUCCCCCACUCUCACAGCAAGCGGAAAUGGAAAUCACACAGAAAUCCAAGCGGCUGUGAAUUACAGAGUAGGUUCUCUGCAUUUCAUCUCCUCCAAAAUCCCCAAGAUUCAAAAACCCAAACCCAAGACCGAUCUGAUUCGGUCUUCGAGCUCGACCUCCUCACCAUGUCCUGCUUGGCCCUCGCCCUCCAACCCGCCAACGGAUCCGACGUCCUGCUCCAGACCCGCGAGUGGUUCCCACCCGCACGCGCCCUUGUCGCCCUCUCCGGAUUCCGCCAGACUCGCCACGCCUUCGCUGCCUCCAAACACAACAGCAACCACCCCUCCGACGCCGAUGCAGACUCCUUCGCGGCUUCCAUCGGCGACGACCCCCUCGCGGUCUCGAGUGGUCAGGUAAUCGUCGGUGUGGAGAGCCGCUACCGCGUGGUGUACCGCCUGGUGAACGCGAUCUACGUCCUGGGCAUCACCACCGCCGACGACACCUCCGUGAUCAACGUCUUCGAGUGCAUCAACAUGGUGAACCAGGCCGUGAGCGUCGUCGUUACGGCGUGCCGCGGCGUCGACGUGACCCCCGAGAAGCUCGGGCGUAAGUAUGCCGAGAUCUACAUGGCCCUCGACAUCGUCCUCCGCGGCGUCAGCAGCAUCCGCCUCGCCGCCAUGCUCGGAGCCAUGCACGGCGACGGUAUCGCCAAGAUGGUGCACUCCGCGCUCGACUCCGAGGGCAAGAUUCGCGGCGCCGACAAUUGGACGAAUCUGGAAGCGCAUUCCGUCGAACACGAGGCAGGCGUGGAGGCAUUUUCCAACGCACAUUUCGAGAUCCCGCCCGAGACGCUGGCGGCCGGGGACGAGGUGGCGGCGAGCCUGGCGCCUGUGGCGCAGAGUGUUGGCGAGCAGCAACCGCAGGAGCAGCAGCAGGAGGAGGAGACGCAAGCGGAGAAGGACCCCUUCGCGGCGAGCGACGCGAUCAACAAGCCACCAGAACUCGUGGGUGGGUUCAAGAAGAGCAAGGAGACGUCCUCCGCCGAUUUGACGCUGGCAUUGGCGGGGAUUGAGGUGACGACAUUGCCGCCCGCGGAGGCGACCCAGUCGACGUAUAUCGGAGUGGAGGGAUUCGAAGGAGAUUACGGUGGAGUAGCGUACGGCAGUGAGAAGGUGGCCUCCUUGGAUGAUUCGUUUCAAGGGUUUAAUGCACCUUUCGGUGGAGGAUUGGAUGCCUCGGAGUUUCUGGGUCCCACAAAAAUUGCGAAACCUCAAGGACUUGGCGGGCUUGAAUUGUUACAGACUGGGCCGGACGGUGCUGCACCAGCGGCACCUGCGGCUGCUGCUCCCGGAGCAGUUAAUCCGCUUGAGGAUCUGGUGAAGAGAACGGAACAGAGGGGUCCGGAGAUGUGCAUUGUGGAAGAGAUCAGCCUGGAGUUUAGAGAGUCGUUGCUUGCUAGAGUAGGAUUGUUGGGUGUGGUUUAUUUGAAAACAUUGCCGACCAAGGUGUCCGGCGAUAAAGAAACCGAGUUUUCAUUCCGGGUGGAGGGUACGAGCGCGGUUAAGAGAUUUGUCAUGCAGAGUUCUCGUGUAAGCAGUCUCGGGAAUAGCAUGUUUCACGUAAGGACCGCGUCUUCCGACGAGCCUAUACCAAUUCUCAAGUAUAGCCUGUUACCAAGGUUGACGCCGGUGCCUUUGAGGGUUCGUCUUGUAAAGCGUCAUACUGGGACUUUACUCUCUGUAAUGAUACAGUACGCCUCGAAUCCUGAUUUACCGGUACCUUUGAAUGAUGUGACUUUUGUUUUGAAGCUACCGGUUGACCCUACAUUGUUGAAGGUGUCUCCCAAGGCUAUAUUGAAUAGGGCUGAGAGAGAAUUGAAAUGGCAUGUCCCGGAGAUUCCAGUGAAGGGUUCUCCUGGUCGGUUGAAGGCGAGGAUGCCUGUGGACUCUAGUGAGGAAGAUGAAGAACUUGAGGUUGUUGCUUAUGUGAAGUUUUCUGCGCAAGGAGCUAGAUCAUUGUCUGGGCUUUGCCUGCGGCCUGCUUCUGAGGGUAAGAUAGACUUUCAUGAGGUUAGUCACAGGUUUGAGAGUGGGGUUUACAUGUGCAAUUGAGCUAUUGAUGAAAUGGCUGAUUGGUUACAGAUUGAUAUGCUUCUUUUUUGUAUUUCUUUUUUUUCAAGGGGGUGUAUCGUUUGGAUAUGUGUAACAUUCUUUGAUAUCAAGCUUGUAACUUAGCUUCAAAGUUGUGUGAUAUAUUUGUGUCUUUAUGUUAUUAGCUAUUGUUCUUUGUCAAUGGAUAG